AUGAUCAAUGGUGCCUUGACCAUCUGGUGCUUCUUGGUUGCUAUCUGCUGUUCCUCAUUCCUUGUAGAUGUUCUUGGUCGACGAUUGCUGUUCAUGAUUGCAGCGGUUGGCAUGUUGAUCAGUUUCAGCAUAUGGACUGGAUGUUCUGCCGUCUAUGCUACGUCUGGAAACUCCAGUGCUGGUAGUGCGGUGAUUGCCAUGAUCUUCCUCUUUUAUGGUGCGGCCGGCUUCGCAUGGCCGGGCCUAACCGUCGCUUAUCCUGCUGAGAUUCUUCCUUUCAGCAUCCGUGCCAAAGGUCUCGCGGUCACGAUGGCAGUGACCGCUUUAUCAUCCGUUUUCAAUCAGUAUGUGAAUCCAAUUGGCCUGGAGGCUUUGCAAUGGCGUUUUUAUUUUGUGUAUAUAGCCAUUCUCGUCGUGGAGUCCGCUUGCAUCUGGUUGUUCUUUGUGGAAACCAAGGGCCCGACCCUGGAGGAGAUUGCGGCACUGUUUGAUGGUGACGAUGCUAAUGUCGCUGGGAACGCGCGGGCGACUCAUGGAAAUGAGGCCAAUUCUAUGAAUCACUAG